UGGUGAGAUUUGUUUAUUUGUAUAUUGAAAGGGUAAAAAUCAAAAUGCCGGAUGUAUUUCACUGGUGUAGCUUUAUAUUUUUGUGGUUUUGUUAUUCUCAGACUGCAGAAUGUCCUGUGUGUGGCAUGGCCUUCCCCGCACACUUAAUUGAGGCUCAUGCUGCGGAGUGUGGUGAUGCCUCAAGUUCCAACGAAAGAUCUUCUCACCUUGUCCACAGUGAGAUUGCCACAGUGGCCAACACUAUAGUACAGAAAAGCACGGAAGAUGUUCUACAGUUCCUAGCCGAUCGUGUUGAUGCUGCCAAAGAAUUCCGCCUUUGCAUAGAUCGACAGGACUUGCUGGAGAGCACCCUCAGUCAGUGGCAAAAAAAAAAAAACUCAUCUCCUGUCAACGUCCUGAAGGUGGUGUUCCUGGGAGAAGCUGGAGUGGACACGGGGGCACUCAGAAAGGAGUUUCUGACAGACGUUAUGACUGCAUUGGAGGACCGCUUUUUUGAAGGGCCCGGGGAACAGGGGAAAUGGCCAAAGUAUUCAACAACAGACCUUGAGACCAACAAUUUCCGAGCGGUUGGGGAGAUUAUGGCGUUGAGCCUGGCCCAGGGAGGACCACCCCCAGCUUUCCUCAAAAACUGGUGCUACAACAUCAUAUGCCAUGGGGAAAUUGAACACAGCCAGCUGACAGCAGAGGAUGUGGCCGACUGUGAGUCAGCAGAGCUUAUUGCAGCUGUUGAAAACUGCACAGACACGGGGGCCCUGCUAGAGCUGUCAGAUGGAAUUAUCAGCUGUGGCUACUCACGAGUAAUUGCAUUGAAGAACAAGGCAAGCAUCAUCCGGGCAAUUGUGCUACACUCUACAAUGAGGAUAAUGCCUAUGCUACUGCAGCUGCGGAAAGGCCUACAACUAUAUGGUCUGCAGAGCGAAAUGGCCACCCACCCAGAGGCAUGCCAUGGACUUUUCGUCCCUGGAAGAGUGGAAGAGCCAGAUGCAGACUUCUUAUUAAUGAGCUGCAAAGCUCACUACAGCGACCGGGGCACCCAGAAGGAGAGGGAGGAGAGGAAAAUAAUGAAAUUCUUCCAGGACUUCCUGGAGCAGAUCGAAACGAAAGAGGUCUGGGAGGAGUCGGUGGACGAGUCCGAAACCAAAGAACUGAAGCUAACGGUAGGGGACGUUUUAAAAUGGAUGACUGGGAUAGCACAUGUUCCAAUACUCCCUGCAGAGAAGAGGGACUUUAUCAUUACUAUUCAGUUUGAUCAUAACUGUGCUGAGCACCUUGGGGAACACAAAGUGUGCUACCCCACAGUCAGUGCAUGCACACAAACUGUCACACUGCCGGUGCAGCACCUCAGCACCUUUGAACAAUUCACCACUGUGUUUGGUAGAGCCGUCUGUGGCAGUGCCGGCUUUCACCGAGUGUAAAUAGUAUUAUGACCAAUGUUAAUCACAAUGUUUGGU